CGCUCACCGCGGGUGUGCAAACCUGAGUGUAGAGACAGCCUCUGAACCCCGCUUCUUCGCGGGAGGCGGCAUCGGCCCUGGAGGCCUGCCGGCGUGGGAGACCUCCUUGGGCGUGCUGAUUGAGGGGUUGGGGUAGAUUUGGGAGCGGAAUGAGGACGUGUCGAUCAGCUAGAUAACCGAGUAACCAUCGCAAUCCAUAUAUGGAGCAGGAGGCGGGACCUCCAGGGUCUGUCCCGCGACGCAUCAGAGCGGUCGCCUCUGGCCCUGAAGCGUCCGUAAGGGGUAGCUAAGGUGAAGCUGCUGCUUGAUUGCCCCCCUUGUCCAUUUCCCAGUGCAUCCCAACAAAUGAAAGGCAGGGAUCCAUCCUCCACAUUAUUCACUAGUAACCCCGAGCUUUUGUAACAGCUCUUAAAAGAAGCUAAGAGUCGAUAUUUUUUCUUUAAAUUUUCUUGUUACUUAUCUGAACUUAUUUCACAUAGUGAGCAGAAACCAUUAUGUCAGGGUGGGAGUCUUACUACAAAACCGAGGGCGAUGAAGAGGAAGAAGAAAAAGAGGAAAGCCCUGAAGCAGGUGGAGAAUAUAAAUAUUCAGGAAGAGACAGUUUGAUUUUUUUGGUUGAUGCCUCCAUGGCCAUGUUUGAAUCUCAGGGUGAAGAUGAAUUGACUCCUUUUGAUAUGAGUAUCCAGUGUAUCCAGAGUGUAUAUGCCAGUAAGAUCAUAAGCAGUGAUCGAGAUCUCUUGGCAGUGGUAUUCUAUGGUACCAAGAAAGACAAAAAUUCAGUGAAUUUCAAAAAUAUUUACGUCUUACAAGAGUUGGAUAAUCCAGGUGCAAAACGAAUGCUAGAGCUUGACCAGUUUAAGGGGCAGCAGGGAAAAAAACAUUUUCAAGACCUAAUUGGCCAUGGAUCUGACUACUCAUUGAGUGAAGUGCUGUGGGUCUGUGCCAACCUCUUUAGCAAUGUCCAGUUUAAGAUGAGUCAUAAGAGGAUCAUGCUGUUCACCAAUGAAGACAACCCCCAUGGCAAUGACAGUUCAAAAGCCAGCCGGGCCAGGACCAAAGCUAGUGAUCUUCGUGACACAGGAAUCUUCCUUGACUUGAUGCAUCUGAAGAAAUGUGGGGGCUUUGACAUAUCCUUGUUCUACAGAGAUAUCAUCAGCAUAGCAGAGGAUGAGGAUCUUGGGGUUCACUUUGAGGAAUCAAGCAAGUUGGAAGACCUGUUGAGGAAAGUUCGUGCCAAGGAGACCAGGAAGCGAGUGCUGUCCCGGUUAAAGUUUAAGCUCAACAAGGAUAUAGCGUUCACUGUAGGCAUUUAUAACUUGGUCCAGAAGGCUCACAAGCCUUUUCCAAUGAGGCUGUAUCGGGAAACAAAUGAACCAGUGAAAACCAAGACACGGACAUUUAAUGUAAAUACAGGCAGUUUGCUCCUGCCUAGCGACACCAAGAGAUCUCAGACCUAUGGGAGUCGUCAGAUUGUACUAGAGAAAGAGGAAACAGAAGAGCUGAAGCGGUUCGAUGAACCAGGGAGCUCAACCCUGUUCAGUGCUCUGCUGGAGAAGUGUCUGGAGAAGGCCGUCAUAGCAGUGUGCAGAUACACACCCCGCAAGAACAUCCCCCCUUAUUUUGUGGCUUUGGUGCCACAGGAAGAAGAGCUGGAUGACCAGAAAAUUCAGGUGACUCCUCCAGGCUUUCAGCUUGUCUUCCUCCCCUAUGCUGAUGAUAAACGGAAAGUGCCCUUUACUGAAAAAGUCAUGGCCAACCCUGAACAGAUAGACAAGAUGAAAGCCAUCGUUCAGAAGUUACGCUUCAAAUACAGAAGUGACAGCUUUGAGAACCCAGUGCUACAGCAGCACUUCAGGAAUCUAGAGGCCUUAGCUUUGGAUUUGAUGGAGCCUGAACAAGCAGUAGAUCUGACAUUGCCCAAGGUUGAAGCAAUGAAUAAAAGACUAGGCUCCUUGGUAGAUGAGUUUAAGGAACUUGUCUACCCACCAGAUUACAAUCCUGAGUGCAAAGUUAGCAAGCGAAAACAAGAUGAUGGAGGUUCUGGAAGCAAAAGGCUCAAAGUGGAGGUGUCUGAAGAGGAACUGAAGGCCCACAUUGCCAAGGGCACACUGGGCAAGCUUACGGUGCCCAUGCUGAAGGAGGCCUGCAGGGUGUACGGGCUGAAGGGUGGGCUGAAGAAGCAGGAGCUGCUGGCCACCCUCACUGAGCACUUCCAGAAGGACUGACUGGUGACCACACAUCCUCGCUGUGGCCAGGUUGCCUGUUUUUGUUCUCAAGGAGUCAACAGGUGUUUUUCCUGAGCUGGGAAGAGCUGCCUUUCAGAAGCUGAGGACUUACACUUGAAACUUGUUGGCACAGAAACGGCACAGCUCUCCCACUUGGCCUGUGCCUUACUCUGUGUGAAUAAAGAACCCCGACUUUGUAUUGUG